AUGCAUAUCCCCAAUACGAGCCCGGCGCCCCCGUCGGUCUUUGCUCGCAGUAUCGCCGAUGAGGUCAAGUCUGUUCAUGACUGGAACUCGUGUAUGCAAUACUCUUGGUGCAAAUGGCCAGUCAUUGUCGGUAUCAUCGUCGCGUCCGUGAUUGUGAUCGCAAUCCUGGGCUGCAUCAUCAACUGCCUCUGCUGCGGUUACCAAUGCUGCAAAUGCUGCUGUGGCUGCUGCUGUCCCUCCGGACGUCGUCGCAACAAGCAGCCCAAGUACUAUGAUGACCCUCCACCCCCAAUUGUCCAGCCUCCUCCCCCAGUCCCCAAUCCGGCAUACCAAGCCUCGGCUGCCCCACCCCUCUAUCGUGGCGCCACGCAGACCGCGACAUUCGAUACUCCCAAAACCGCGAAUUCGCACGUCGACGAGGAUGCGCUACCCGCAAUGCCGACCUGGGCCAAUGCGGUCGAUAAGCAUGUCGAGGACGAUUCCCCCCACGAGGACGUGGAGAUGAAGCCAUUGAAUCCGGCCGAUCGAAAAGGCGCUGGCACGCCGAUGCACCCUGGCGGCGCUUACUCGGACUACACGGGCAAUAAGAACGUCUCCCCGGGCGGCUACCGGGGCUUCAACCCUACAGACCCCUAUGCGCGCCGAUCUCCAGGUCCGCAAGCCGCUUUGAACCCAACCGACCCCUUCGCGCGCCGGUCUCCAGGUCCUCAAGCCGCCUUCGCCGCAGCACAGGACCCCUACGGCCGUCGUUCGCCCGGUCUCACAUCUCCUUCUCCAGCCGUGGACCCCUACGGCCGCCGCCCUUCGCCCGGACCGCCUGCCAUGAACACCUACGCCGCAGCGCAAUCCCAAGACCCCUACGGCCGACGCUCGCCCGGCUUCGCGUCCCCCGUCGGCGCCCCAAGCCCAUACGACCACCAACCCUACGACACGGGCAUGAACUCAAACGGCUACCACGCCGUCACAUCCCCCAGCCCUGUCGCCGGCUACAACCCGCACAACAAUUACAGCCCCGUGCCCAUGGCCUUCUCCCCCUCCAACGAGCAACAGGCCAUGACCAUGCAAUCCCAAACCCCGACUCCGGGUUUCACCCGCCAGCCCUCCUUCGGCUCCAGCCAAUACCCACCCUCCUACACCACUCAACCCCAACAAUACCGCACCUUCUCCCCCGGCGCCCCUUCCUCCCCUCCCCCGCCCUUCCCAGCCCCCUCGCCGCAUGAGUACGCCUCGCACGAGUACGGCGCUCCGGCCCCCGGCACCGCGGUCGGUAUGGCUGUUGGAGCGCCUGAGCCGAGCCGCGAUCGCCCGCCGAGUCUGUUGCAGAGUGGGCGGAAGCCUGCGCCGAAUACCUAUCGGGAUGUAUAG